AUGUGCAAUACGUCACCAAGAAGUCCAAUACAUGUCGAGAGCCUCCAGGGCUUGAGAACGCCGCUCACCAACGAAUCCACAUUUGCCAACUUCACCCAUAUCGCCAAAAUGUUUCUCCUCCGCCGCACUGCCGUUCGCGCCAUCACCGCGUCGCCUUCCAAGGCGUUCCUUGCGAAGCCGCGAUCCAUCAACACCAUAACCCCCUCGGCUUUCCGUCUGAGGCAACAGCAAUGGUCAAUCUCGUCCUUCCAGCGACGAUUUGCUAGCGAUGAGGCCACCAAGGGAGACGAGAACUUUGCGCAAACAGCGGCUGAGGCACCUGUCGAAGAGAACCUGACGCCGGCGCAGCAGCAGGUGCAGGCCGACCCUACUGACGCCUCUGCCACUGUUGGCGAGGAUGCAUUGGAGGCUGCCGCCGAGACCGCAGACAAUGCCCAGAGGUCAUCAAAGCCCAGGGCCCCAAGGAACACCACGCCGAACAACAUGCUGUACAUCGGCAACCUAUACUACGAGGUUUCCGCAGAGCAGCUGAAGCGUGUCUUCUCCAAGUUCGGUGAGCUUGAGAGCACCAAGAUUGUCUACGACAACCGGGGUUUGAGCAGAGGUUUCGGAUACGUCGAAUUUAAGAAUGUCGCGGACGCCCAAGCUGCCAUUGACAACCUCGACAUGCAGGUCUUCGAAGGCCGCAACCUCGUUGUCCAAUUCCACGCGCCUAAGCCCAACUCCAGGACCCGCAGCGGUGCCACUGGCAACUUCGAGCAAAACCCUCCGUCCAAGACCCUCUUCAUCGGCAACAUGUCGUUCGAGAUGUCCGACAAGGACCUCAACGACCUCUUCCGUGAUAUUCGCAACGUCAUGGAUGUCCGUGUCGCCAUUGACAGGAGGACUGGUCAGCCCAGAGGCUUUGCUCACGCAGACUUCAUCGAUGUCGCUAGCGCCACCAAGGCCAGGGAAGUCCUGAAGGAGAAGACCAUCUACGGCAGGCAACUCCGCGUCGACUUCAGCAAGUCUGGCACCCUAAACCAGCGCGACAACAAGCGCUCGGAUUCCACCCAGGAGGAUUAA